AUGGUGCCUUUGCUCUGGUCAGGUUACUACAUGAGCUCCGCGUGCCUGCCGGACGGCACGUUCUCCAUCUACGAAAUCUACGAUCCCUGGGAUAUCAACGGAUUUUUCCAGAUCACGUCGGGGUUCGGCGAGCUUACCUUCACACAAGCCAAGGUCGUGGAUGUUGUGUGGGAUGUUCCAUUCAUGGAUGAGAAGAAAAUAACCUACGUCUACAACAAUGAGGCGUACGACUUCGACUACAUCAUCACACAAGGCUAUGGCCGGUGUCAGCCAAAUGGAACAUACAAAUGGGGCUUCUCGUUCUUGCAAGCAUUCAUUGCCAUGUUGCUCAUGAGUUUCUGGUCGCUUUCAGUAUAUGUGAUGUGGCUCAAGGCUCAUCUGAAGCUAUCGAGCCGUGGGCCGUACGAGAUCCCGAACCGGUACAAGGCCGCGGUCAAAUUGACCAGGGCAAUCGCCGUUGACUUCGGCGACGCGGACCAGGCCACUGCUUUGUCCAACAAAGAAUUUUCCACACACGUCAGUCGGAACCUAAGGGGCGGGAGGGUCGGAGGUGACCCGGCCAUGGCGCUGGGAAAGUACAGCUUCCGAAGCGGUCUCAAGGGCUGGGUUGCAAGGGAGAAGCGGUGGUUCUCCGGCAUGUUGCUUCUCAAGCUCAACAUCACCACCUUCACCACCAACACGCAAUAUCUCCACGUCCUCGUACUCGGCGGCCACGGCAAGAUCAGCCAGCUGCUCACCCCGAUCCUGCUUAAGAAGUCGUGGACGGUGACCAGCAUCAUCCGCACUGAGGAACAGAUCCCCGCCAUCAAGAAGCUCGGCGAGAGCCUCCAGGGCAAGCUGAACGUCCUCGUCCGUAGCAUUGAGGAAGUCAAGAGCGAGUCGCAAGCCAAGAGCAUCCUCGACGAGGUCAACCCCGCUACGUCUUCUGGAGCGCCGACAUUCGCCGUCGACCGCGACGCCGCCAUCCACUUCAUCAAGGCCUCGGCCAACACACCCACCAUCACCCGGUUCCUCAACAUCUCAUACCUCGACUCGCGCCGGAACAAACCCAGCUGGUGGAACGAUGACGACUGGAAGGCCGCCGAGGAAGUCAACUACAAGAUCCUCCCCAACUACUACAUCGCCAAGCUCGCAGCAGACGAGGCCCUGUACCAGGAGUCGGCCAAGCGGGGCAGCGACUUCGUCGGGAUCAACCUGCGCCCGGGCACGCUGACCACGGACCCGGCGGGCAAGGUCGAGCUGGGCAAGACCAAGACCAGCAGGGGCAAGGUGAGCCGGGAGUCGGUGGCGCAGGUCUCUGCCGCGCUGCUCGAGGCCGAGGGCGUCAGGAACAGCUGGAUCGACCUGCUGGACGGCGACGAGGAGAUCGGCGCGGCCGUCCAGCGCGUCGUCAAGGGCGGGGUGGACGCUGCGGAGGAGGACCCUGUUUAUAAGUUGUAA